AUGGGGAUGGAGGAUGAAAUCAAGAGAUUAAUCAAGGUAUGCCUCUCCAUCUUGGCCUCUCUUUGCUACACCUAUUUCAUAGCUUCUAAGAUUCCCAAAGGCAAACUCAGGUUCUUCUCUCUCCUCCCCAUCUUCUGCCUCUUCACCAUCCUCCCUCUCUUUCUCUCCACUGCCCUCCCUGGUGGAGUUAUUGCCUUGUUCAUCACCUGGGUUGGUAGCUUCAAGCUCCUACUGUUCUCCUUUGGUCUGGGCCCACUUUCAUCUGGCCCACCACUAAACUCUCUCCUCCUCUUCAUCUUCACCACUUGUCUCCCAAUCAAGGCAAAGCAAGAUGGACAACAACACCACCAAAUUGCUCCAAACCACAAGACACCUCAAAACCCUAAAUUUCCUCUCAAUUUGCCAACCAAAGUCUUGCUUUUUGGCAUAUUGGUUGCUCUAACUGACUUCACAAAAUAUGUGCACCCCAACAUUUUACUAGGCCAGUAUUGCUGCAUGUUGUAUCUUUUUGUGGACAUAAUAGUAGGCUUGAGCAAUGCUACCUUGCGAGCCCUUCUUGGCGUGCAACUCGAAUCACCGUCCAAUGAGCCUUACCUUUCCACUUCGCUACAAGAUUUCUGGGGCCGGAGGUGGAACCUCAUGGUAACAAAUACACUUCGCCACACGGUACAUAAGCCCGUGCAGUUGGCCAUGGAGAACUUCUUGGGGCCCAAGUGGGCCCCGCUGCCAGCUGUUUUUGUUGCUUUUUUAGUAUCCGGUUUGAUGCACGAGCUCAUAUUUUUUUACAUGACACGUGUGCCUCCCACGUGGGAAGUGACAUGGUAUUUUGUUCUACAUGGGAUGUGUUUGGUGGUGGAGUUUGGUGUGAAGAGAGCGUUAAGUGGUGGAAGGUGGCAACUGCAUUGGAUUGUGUCAAUGUUGUUGACCAUCGGGUUUGUGGUGGUUACCGCGACUUGGCUGUUCUUUCCACCGUUAGUGAGGAACGGCGUGGACACAAGAGCUAUUGAAGAGUGCAAGGAAUUGGUAGUAUUUAUGAAGGAAAAGUUAAAAUGGGAUGGUCUGCACAAAAUUUAA